UUACAAAAAUUCGCUCUUUUUGAAGUAUGGAGAGGCGAAGUCACAGAGGAAAGAAGAAUGGAAACCCGUCUCUCUUCUUCUACUUGCUGAUCUCUGCUCUCCUCUCCGAUUCCAUACACCUCGAUUCACGAUAAUAACUCAUACACCUCUCAUCACAGCCCUUGAAAUCUCCAAUCGAACCCCACUGAUUUGAAUUCUGUCCACUCUUCGAAAAUGAUUCACCUUCUCUUCACUCUCGUAUUCUCCGAGAUGGCUCUGAUCGUGAUCUUCGUAUUCAAGACCCCUCUGAGGAAGCUUGUGAUCAUGGGUUUGGAUCGUGUGAAACGCGGUCGCGCUCCAAUCGUCGUCAAGACCGUCGCUGGGACGGUGUUCGUGGUGAUGAUGUCGUAUGUGUAUAGUAUCAUGAAGAUCCAGAAGCGUUGGAUCGACGAUGGCGAUCUCAACCCAACGGAUCAGAUUCUCAUGGCCAGAAACCUCCUUGAAGCCUCUCUUAUGGGAUUCUCCCUAUUCCUUGCACUAAUGAUAGACAGACUACACCACUAUAUCAGAGAACUCCGCAUACGAAGGAAGAGCAUGGAGGCUGUAAAGAAACAAAACCAAAAUUUCGAGGAUGGAAAAAAUGGAGGUGCCAAGGAAAUCAAAGCCUUGGAGGAAGAGAUGACCACAUUAAGAGCAAAGGUUAACCAGCUGGAAUCAGAACUCGAGGCAAUGACAAAAGAGGCAAAAAAUGCCGAAGCCAAUGCGCUUGCUCUAAAAAAGCAAUCAGAAGGAUUUCUCCUUGAAUAUGAUCGUUUGCUUGAGGACAACCAAAACCUUCGAAACCAGUUACAAUCAUUGGAUCGAAGAUUAUCACGUUCAGAUAGCAAGAAAGUUAUGUAAGGAACCAUCACCUAUAAACAUACAUACAUUGAAUUCCUUGGUUUGUUUGGUAACUUUGAUUUGAGUUCUGUGAUGGCUUUGUUGAUUAUAGCUUAGUCAACCACGCAAACCUUUUGAGGUUUGUGAGAAAACAAAAAUGCGGGGAAAGAAUAUGUGAGGAAAAUGAACAAGGAAGUAACAUUUUGGUUUAUUAUUUUGUGUGAUUGAUUUUGGAGCCAAGUGAUGAAGUAGGAUCAGUUAGUUUUAUCCUGACAUGUUGGGAGAUAAUUAGGGUAUACUACAUUUGUAAUGGAGAAAUCAUUUUUCCUGGCAUUGGUCCAUUUUGAAUAUCUUAUUGAGUAAUGAUGUGAUGAAGUGACUUUUAGGGACGACCAAGAAAUUCUCUUAGGUGAUGGUCAUAAAUGGGCUGACUGGACUUGCAGAUUUCUUCGUCA